AGAAGACGAGCUUCUGAAAGUCGAAAGUAUGGCAUGCCAACAAUUUCAUGGCGCGCCGAGGCGCCCUUUUCUCUCAUUGUUUUUCUCAUUUUUGUUCUUGACUUCGUUGUUAGGAAGCGCGACAGCAUUGACUCCGGCGCGAAGGGUUGCAGAUGCGGAGUUGGAUAAAGAUGUAGAAGCAAUGAUUGCGCGGGCAACAACAGGCGAUCAAUAUUUGUUGGGUGUUGGAAAGGCAGAUAUCACUGGACCUGUUGUUGAGCUCAACUUCAUGGGUUAUGCAUCCCUUGGUCAGAUUGGGACAGGCCUUAGACAGAGAAUCUACUCCCGUGCUUUCAUCAUUGGGAGCGUAACAAAUCCCGAAGACCGUUUUGUAUACCUUGUUAUCGACACUGCAAUGGGAGACACAGCAAUCCGCUACGGCAUUCUUCAAGGUCUUGCAAAUCUUGGAUCCGGGUAUUUGAUGUACAACCAAAGCAACGUUGCUGUGACUGGAACCCACCAACAUUCCGGGCCUGGAGCUUGGUUGAACUAUCUUUUGCCCCAAGUUACGAGUCUUGGGUUUUCGAAACAGAGUUAUCAGGCAAUUGUUGAUGGAUCGGUUCUUUCGAUUCAACGGGCCCACCAAAGUCUUGCACCUGGCACUUUGAGUUACGCAGAUACGAAUAUCACGGACGCGAACAUCAACAGAAGUCUUUAUGCCUAUCUCCAGAACCCGGCGGAUGAACGAGCUAAAUAUGAUGCUACUGUGGACACGACUCUCACCAUGUUGCGAUUCAAGAGAGCUUCAGAUGGCCUGAAUACUGGAGUUUUGUGCUGGCAUAGCGUUCACGGAACCUCUAUGCUUGAGAACAACACCCAUGUGACAGGAGACAACAAGGGUGUGUCCAGUUACUUGUUUGAGGAAGCAAUGAAAAGUGAUCAGUCUGCUGCUCCAGGAUUCGUGGCAGCUUUCAGCCAAAGCAGCGUCGGUGACACUUCACCCAACGUUCUUGGAACUUGGUGUGAUGCUACUGGAGAGCAAUGUGAUUUCGAGCACAGUACAUGCGGUGGUACUACCCAGGACUGCCACGGACAUGGACCGGAAUACCAGAAGCUUGACUUGGGCGUAGCGAGCUGCUACGAAAUUGGCAGACGGGUGUAUGCUGGAGCCAAGACACUCUAUGAUAAUUUCGAUAGCCAGGCGACAGCUGUAACAGACCCCAGCGUCAGAUUUUACCAUUUCUUCAACGACAUGCAAUGGUACAGCUUCCCUCUUCCCAAUGGAACAGUUGUCCAAACCUGCCCCGCCGCCAUGGGACGAUCCUUCGCAGGUGGAACCACCGACGGACCUGGAGCCUUCGACUUCGUGCAAGGCGACAACUCCUCCAUGGCACAGAAUCCCUUCUGGACCGUUGUGUCCGACCUCCUCACCACUCCCACGCAAGAGCAAGUCGACUGCCAAUACCCCAAGCCAAUCCUCCUCGACGUUGGACAGAUGCACGAACCAUACGACUGGAGUCCCAAUAUCGUCGACAUCCAAAGCUUCCGCGUUGGCCAGCUAAUCAUGAUCAUCUCCCCUUCCGAAGCGACGACUAUGACAGGCCGCCGCUGGAAAGCCGCCGUCGCAGAAGCGGCAACCAGUAAAUCCAUCGUGACCAGCACGCCUAAGGUCGUUCUCGGUGGACCAGCAAACACUUACGCCCAUUACGCCACUACACCGGAGGAAUACAACGUCCAACGAUAUGAAGGAGCAUCUACUUUGUAUGGGCAAUGGGAGUCCUACGCCUAUAUCCACCUUUCAACUUCCAGCAUCGGAUACCUCGCAGCAGGCGCCGGCCAGCCCGCACAAGGCACCCUCCCACCAAAUAAUGUCAACAACUCCCUCAGCUUUAUCUCCGGCGUCGUCUAUGACAACCCCCACCUCUUCACCUCCUUUGGCGACGUCCUCACGCAGCCAAAAGCCAGUUACAGCAUAGGAGACGUCGUAAACGCCUCUUUCGUUGGCGCCAACCCACGCAACAAUCUCCGCUUGGAGGGCACAUUCGCCACGGUCCAGCAGCAGGUAAACGGCAACUGGACGACGGUGCGAGACGACCAUGAUUGGCAUCUCGAGUAUACGUGGGUUAGAGAUGAUAGCUUGUUAGGGAGUAGCCAUGUGGUGAUUAGUUGGGAAACGGAGUCUUAUACGACCGCGGGCACAUACAGGAUUGUGUAUAAUGGGGAUGCAAAGGCGCCGGUUACGGGGAAGAUUAGUGCGUUUACGGGGACGAGUAGUACGUUUACUGUAUCCUAGUCUGGCUGAUUGGGAGGGAAUGGGACGGCUUGUAAUUAGGUUUUUGAUUGUCAUAAGGGUAAUGAAUAUUGUUAAUGUCCUAAGGGGUUUGGUUCAUGUUUAACGAAUUAUUAGUCUACUCCAAAUCCUGCCGGCGCACAUAGAAGUCUCUAUAAAUUCCCCAAGUUGGAAAGCACAUUCAUAUCCACUGGACCACUGCGAAUAUUCAGCGCACCAGGCGUUUAGGGAAACAACCAAAUUACAAACUGCGAAAGUUCGAUCUUUUGUAGACCAUUGGAAGAAGAUUUCCCCAUCAAACUUUCAAAUUGGAAUGUAAUCUUACAUUGGUACCAGAGAAUUGCCAACACCAACUCCUGCCGUGCCAGAAGCCUCC